UCAUCGAGGAAGUGGGGAGCAAAACCUCUCGCCGACUCAGCUUAGGCUACUUAGCCGGUAAAUUAAGUUACUAAAUCGUUCACUCGCUUUAUCUCUCAAGUCUUAAAGUAUGCGGCCGUACGCUCGAUAGACCUAAAGUACUGCAACAAGUAUGAAACGUUUCCAUGUGGCUUUAAUAUUAUCACAAAGGCAAGAUGAAUAUUAUUAUGUUCUUUCUCGUUGGACUUCUGGUCCAUGUGGUCUUCUUCAUCUCCAUCUUUGACAUCUAUUUCACAUCACCUUUGGUCCAUGGGAUGACACCCCAGCAUGUCCCUCUGCCCCCUCCAGCCAAGCGCCUGGUGCUCUUUGUGGCAGACGGUCUAAGAGCUGAUAGCCUCUUUAAGCCGGACAUCAAUGGAACCUCCAGGGCACCUUAUAUAAGGAGUAUAAUUAAGGAGAGAGGAACGUGGGGGGUUUCACACACGCGAGUGCCUACGGAGUCUCGUCCAGGACAUGUGGCUCUAAUAGCAGGCUUUUAUGAGGAUGUUAGUGCUGUGGCCAAAGGAUGGAAGGAGAAUCCAGUGGAGUUUGACUCUGUGUUUAAUGAAAGUAGGCACACCUGGUGUUGGGGAAGCCCUGAUAUUCUGCCUAUGUUUGCUAAAGGAGCCACUGGAGAUCAUGUGUACACUUACACUUAUCCAGCUGCAAUGGAAGACUUCGCCUCCACUGAUGCCUCCAAACUGGACACCUGGGUCUUUGAUGAAGUGAAGGCUUUCAUGAACUCUGCCAGAGGGAAUCAAACUCUGCUGUCUAAAUUACAUGAAGAAAAAAAUGUGUUUUUCCUUCAUCUACUGGGACUAGACACUAACGGACACGCCCAUCGACCCAUGUCAAAGGAGUAUUUGGAGAACAUUGGCCUGGUUGAUGAGGGCGUGGCAGAGAUGGUCUCUGUGUUCGAGGAGUUCUAUGGUUAUGAUGGAAAGACUGCAUAUGUUUUCACAGCUGACCAUGGCAUGACAAACUGGGGGUCUCAUGGAGCUAGCCAUCCCUCCGAGACCCUCACUCCUCUGGUGGCUUGGGGAGCUGGACUUCAGACAGCACAGAGAGCUUCCACUACACAGAACUAUAAUGAUGACUACCUGAAAGAUUGGGGGCUGGAGACAUACAGAAGAGUUGAUGUAAACCAGGCUGACAUAGCACCGCUCAUGUCAUCUCUCAUUGGAGUACCCAUCCCACUCAACUCUGUGGGUGUCCUGCCAUUACAGUACCUCAAUAACAGCCUGCACUUCAAAGCUGAAAGCAUGUAUGCAAAUGCAAUUCAGAUCUUGGAGCAAUUUAAGGUGAAAGUGACACAGAAAAAGGAGACCACCUUAUCAUUUCUCUUUACACCAUACCAAGUUCUCACCGAUUCUAAACAGAUGGAGUUUGUGCGUCACACAAGAGAACUGAUCCAGAAAGGGCAGUUUCAGGAUGCUAUUCGUCAUUGUGAGACUCUAAUAGCUCAAGCCUUGGAGGGCUUAUCCUACUACCACACCUAUGACCGCUUUUUCCUGGGUUCCAGUGUGGUCCUAGGUUUCAUCGGGUGGACGUCCUAUGUAGUUCUUGUCAUACUGAAGACUCAUGCUAGCCUCCGUAAGCCACCUACCAGCAGAGAUAUGGUGUCCGGCAGAGGUUUCCAAAGGGUGUUUAUAGGUGUUGGCUUGGUGGUAUCGUUCUUCCUGUUGCUUCAGUCCAGUCCCUUCACUUACUACAUCUACUGCCUGCUGCCUGUACCUGUGUGGUACUUUGUUUUUAAAGAAUUUGGAAUCCUGGUCAAUCUUAUAAAAUCAAUCCCAUCCCUGCCAUUGAGCAAAUGCUUUGGAUAUUUUCUGCUAGUUACAUUUGGGAUAGAACUGCUGGUGGUAAGUUUUUUCUAUCGGGCCAUGUUGACCCUGGGACUGAUCAUUUUGGGACUGUGGCCUUUUGUCUCAGGCCUUUAUAGAAAAGCAAAGUCCAGGUCAGUGAGCUGGGUGUUGAGCUGCCUCUGCCUGGCUGUGUUUCCUUUGUUGCCUGUAGUUGGACGAGAGUCUAACAUCAACUAUGUGUUGUGUGCUGGAGCUCUAACUCUCUUCAUUUCAUGCUGCUACCUCUGUUCGUCAUAUGGACGCACAGGCCUGCAUAUGAGAGAUCGCCGGCUGUUCAUUGGGCAGAUGCUCCAAGUGUUGCUGUGUGUCUAUGUGCUGGCCAGCACCCACUCCAGCCUGCAGAUGAAGCAAGGCCUGCCGCUGUUCAGUCAGCUCGUCAGCUGGGCCACUCUGGGUUCAUCAUUUUUUGUGCCAUUGCUGUCUUCCACACGAUUGUUUCACAGGCUGCUGAGUAUCCUCUUGUCACUCAUCUGCGUCUACCUUGUACUCAGCACUGGAUAUGAGGCCCUCUUCCCUCCAGUGCUGUCAUGGCUGAUGUUUGUGUGGAUCAAUAUGGAGCAGGAAGCCGUAGACACACAAAAUGUGUCCAGCAGGACGGAGCUUUACAGCAUUGAUUUUGCUGAAAAUAUUGACUUGACGAGAAUCAGACAGUUGAGGCUGGAUGAUAUCCGCAGAUCAUACUUCUUUGUGUUCUUCAUCAUAAUUGCUUUCUUUGGCACUGGAAACAUCGCCUCCAUUAACAGCUUUGACCCGGCUUCUGUCUACUGCUUUCUGACCGUCUUUAACCCAUUUAUCAUGGGUGGCCUAUUGAUGUGGAAGGUUCUGAUCCCAUUCAUAAUUGUGAUGUGCACAUUUGAAAGUAUACAAGUGUCAACGAGGCUUUCCUCACGAAGCCUUUUCCUCAUCGUGCUGGUCAUCUCCGACUUGAUGGCACUGCACUUCUUUUUCUUGGUUAAAGACUAUGGAAGCUGGCUUGACAUUGGUACUAGCAUUAGUCACUACGUCAUUGUCAUGUCCAUGACCAUCUUCCUGAUGCUCCUGAGUGUCAUGACGCACAUCUUGACCUCCAAGCGGAUCCUGAUUGGACAGAAAAUGAAGAUGCAUUUUAAGUGAGGGGCAGCGGUUGGGCAUUGAAAUGGCACAUGAUGGCAGUUACUUAACAUUAUGAAACAGGAACCAAAUAACAGUAACUUGACAAAAGUCCUAUUGGCUGCACUUUACUUGAUUUGCACUGUUCUAACUGUUUUCACAUAGAUGAAAAUCAAAACGUUAAAGUAAAUAAACAGUUAAAGUGUUAAGAAAGUAAAAUAAAAGGAACUGCUAGGAUAUUCCCGUACAUCAAGAAUACUCUUUGUACUGGGUGCAAUAUUACAGGCAGUACUAGGUGUGUAGGUGUGUGUGUGUGUGUUUGUGUUUGUAUGCUAUGCAAAUCUCUAAUCUGCAGAGACACAUCUGUAGACACUCACCAAAUAUGGAAGCGUUUAUAUAUUGUAAAUUUGAUACUUAUGUAUGUUAACGGGGCCAUAUCCGUGACUCUUCAGAAUGAUUAUUUUUUCUCCUGAGGUCCGCUUAAGUGAGUUUUUAUUUACCAAAUUAAUUAAGACCGUUCUCCUCUUUUAUCCUUUGGAAUUCAACAUUUUUGUUACCAAGUUCGUUCAUCUGGCAUUGAAGAGACCAUUAAAAACAGUCUGUUUUUGCAGUUUAGAUCCCAUAUAUCUACCAUGUGGACUGUAUCGUGAAUGAUACAUUUUGAAACUUGAAACAUUGUUUACAUAUUACUCCAAACUGCUGAUUCCCCCCCCCUUGAUAUGGACUUUUUAACUCUUGCCAUAGUAGGAUUAUUUGCAGUAUUGGGAUUAACUUUAAGGGCCAACAUCUAUUAACAGCACCAUAAGUGAUGCAUUAAAGUCUGGGUGCAUUGUAUAUGUCAUCACUAUGUCAAAGACCAACAGAGCGAUAUUUUUCACUUCAGUUAUGACUGAGAAGUAAAUUUAAGAUGAAUGUUAGAGGAAUCUUUUAUAUCAUCUGAGCAUUGCUCUAAACCAGCAAAACAGCCUUUUGUGUCAGCUGUACCCCUUCAGCCUAAUUUGUCUUACGUAACCCUUGAGAUUUUAGCAUUAAACAUUACAUGAAGCAUUUUUAAUCAUAGUUUUUGGCGGUAAUUUCCAAAUGCUUUUUUCAAGAAAGCUGUCUUCUUACUUUAAUUAGAAAACUGCAUCAAACAUAUCCUACACUUCAAGGGGGAUUCCACUGAUCUUUAAAGAUGUAAACAGAGUGAUGCAGAGUGGUUUGAUGUGAAAUACUCUGUUCUAGAGAGAACUUUUUUUUUUUUCUUUUUCUUUUUAAAACAAUGGUGGUGAUGGGAACCAGACGUCUGAAGAGUGUAAAGUCUCCCUCAAAGAGACAUGAAAUGGUUAUAAAUGUUUCCUGAUACUUCAGGCAUUGUUUCAUGACAGUUUUAAAAGAAUUUGGUCUAAAGCUUAUUUUUAAACCCAUUCAUGGUGGAGAGAUACAUGCAGGGCAUUAUAAGGCAAAAUAGUCCCCAAGGGAAAAGUAUUUUUUCAGGUUUACUGGUAAAUUAGCACUGUUUACUGUUUAAAGUAGCGCUUCACUGAAUGAUUGAAUUUACAUAUUUCACAUGUAGUGAGUCAGCCAACACAUUUGGUGCCUGAGCUUUGCUUUUCUAUUUAUGUAUUUGUUUUUUUUUUUGUUUUUUUUUUUUUAAGCAGUGGAGCUUCUAUGAGGCUAAAAGAACAGAAGAAUCUGUAUCACCAAAAAAGAUUUAGCAUAAUAUAAACUUCUAUUAACAGUUUGGCAGCUUUAGCCUUGUAACAACAGAGCAAAUAAGGAAGUAAACAUGUCUUGGCUGACAGACCCCAGAGGAAUUGGGGUCAGAGAGAAAAGUGAGUAACCCAUUUUUAACUUCAACCAAUGACUACAUCUGUAAAUUUGUCUUGAAUGUGAAUUCGCAGAGGGUGUUCUGGUGUGUGGGUCGUCUUUUUUGUAAGUACCUCAUGUAUAUUUUGUGUUGAUCUGUAGAAAAAAGGUCGAUCAAUUACAAAAAAUAAAUAAAUAAACAAAG